AACUAUGCAAACAAUGAAUAUUGCCAACGAUUGUAUUUAACAAUAUUAAUUACAGCGGUUACGAUCAUGAAUUCCGCGGCGACGAGGUGCGGCCACGCGGUUCGAGCAGGGGUUGUAGAAGUUCCACGGAAAAACCUUAAUUCCGGAGCGCAGGACUUUCCCACCACCUUUCCGCGUUCAUGCAGAGACUGUCACGGUUCUCCCAUCUGCACCCACCCCGGACGGACGAGCUGCCGUGGCAAGCAGUCGGCUUCCUUCGUAGGGACAUGCGCAGCGACCCGCGGAACGACAGGUGCGCGCCGUUCGCCACGAAUUGCUUAGUUUCGGGUAAGCGUACGAAUCGGUCGUAUCGCGUUCACGCCGUCUCGUCUCUCAGGUCACAUCGGUCGCUGCUUCUCUCUCUUUCCUAUACCCUUAUAGCGUUUCUCGCUCUCUCGUUGCGGUUUUUCGGUCCAGACGCAUUCGACGCGUUUCGAACGCUGCACGAUCGCAGCCGCGCCGUGCGACCUCGGAUCACGACGACACCUGACACGGAUACACCAAAGGGAUCGUUCCUCGAAUUACCCCAUCGAGAAUCCUUCGAGUUCGCUGCUUCCUUGUGUUCCGACUGACACGCUUUUAGCCAGCUAGGGGAACGGUUCCUGGCGGUUCCAACGGGUCGCUCCCGACGGAAUUCCGACCGUGACGCACUCGAAAGGUGUAUCCUUCCGGAGCUACCGCCGGAAUCCUCGACUCUUCCGCUUCCCCGAGCUCGUGCGGGCUUUCUGCGCUCGGAAUCAGAUGUCCGGCAGACCGAUCGCGGACCUCUGCCAAAGAACCACGGAUCCAGCGGUCCGAACCACCGGUUGUCCAGCUACCAUAGGACCGGUGUGAUCAUCGGCGAACUCUGCGACGCAUCGAGUUCCUCGGUAGCUGGACUGGACCGUAAAUAUAUCGCGGUACUGUCGGUGUGUUUAGCGCGUGUGAAGAUCAGGAUAGAGCGCCGUGAAGAGAUAGAUCACGGUGGAGUGGUGAGACGAAUGUGGUGCGUGAAGUAUUGAAUCGUGGUUCGUUCGUCGUCAGUUGCGAGGAUGGCUGGUAGACCGGAUUUACAGAACAGGACUAGGGGGAAGGACGCGGUCGCCACGAUUUUCCUGCUGCUUCUCGCGCAGUUUCAGCUUCUUCGAGACGUCAAAGGGAGCAGCGAGCCGUGGUUGAAGAGCGAAAAGCAAGCCGAGCUAGGAACAGAGGUGCAGCUGCCCUGCGUCCUAAAAUUGCCGCAAUGCGAAGGACUUCACAGCAUCAAAUGGUAUCGCGGCGCGACGCGUAUCUUCAUUUUCAGCGAGGAUGGCGGAAUAACACGCGGCAACGACGACAUCUCUGUCAGGUCGGAUAUAGAGUACAUGACAAAUUCAUCGAAAACUUUCUUGAAGAUUACGGAAGUCAAGAUAGAAGACGAGGGACUCUAUAAGUGCGAGGCUACAUACUUGGCAGUGAAUCGCGAGUGCAACAACGUUCAGCAUAUCACACUCAACGUCACUGUGCAACCUGCAUUUGUACGUGUCAUCGACGAAACUACGAAGAACACGUUAAGCACCGGCACCACUUUAGGACCAAUAAACGAAGGUUCGAUGGUUUCCUUGUACUGUGAGAGCGGCGAAGGAAAGCCAGUGCCUUUGGUCGAAUGGUUUAAAGGCGACCAACCGCUAGAAGCAACUAGUACGACAACGGUCGCUGACAACGGUGUAGGCACCGGGAGUAGCUUACUGCAGAUGCAUAUCACGCGUGACGAGCUGGGCGCAACUUUCACGUGCAAAGUUAACAGCAUAGCACUCGUCGAACCACUCACCGUCGACGUCAAACUGGAUGUUCACGUGCGACCUCUGAAGAUGGAUUUAAACGGAGUGGUAGGCCACGCCGUGCAAGGAACGAAGAUCCUACUUCAGUGCACCGUACGAGCAGCGAGACCAGCUGCGAACGUCACCUGGCAGAACGGCACCGACUACUUGAACGAAAGCAACGACAGAUUCGAGAUGUUCGAGACGAAAGUGCACGAGAAUGACGAUGGCACGUCGGAAACUAUAAGUUACCUAGCUUUUACCGCCUCGGAAUACGAUAACGGUAGAACGUUCAAGUGUUACGCCGAGAACUCGGUUACACGUUCCGACAACCUGGAACCGAUGAAAGAGACGACUACGAUUGAAGUUUUAUAUCCGCCGAUAAUUCGAAUGAGACCCGAAAACAUCACCGUCAACGAGACCGAAAAUUUCAUAUUAUUUUGCGACUACGAAGCCAACCCAGCUACUUUGAUAAAAGUAACAUGGUUACGAGACGACGAGGAAUUAGUUUUAACCGACGACCAUUACGACGGUGGGACUUCGGAGCAAACGGACCUCACCGUGAAAAAUGCAACACCUAGCGAUCAAGGCACUUACAGAUGCAUCCUAGACAAUAACAUUGGUCCAUCCGUUUCGGAAGACGUCAUUGAGGUCUCCGUGUUUUAUAAACCUGUGGUCGAAGUGAUAAUGGAUCCGGAGGCACCUGUAAACGAGGCGGACCGUUUGAACGUCUCUUUGACCUGCGAAGUUGCUUCUGGAAAUCCAGCGAGCCUGACCGCGGUCCGAUGGUAUUUGGACGGGCACCUGCUGAAAGAACUUCCGGAUUGCACGAGAAAUAGCACCGCGACCACCACGACCACCGAGGAAUCUUUAAUUUUCUGCGAUAUCGAUCCGAGCAAGUUGCUGUUGGAAGCAGUGGGACGUUCCUUUCACGGGAACUACUCUUGCGAGGGCAGAAACGACGCUGGCUGGGGACCACUUUCGCCGAGUGCGCCUGUUAUAGUCCAUUACAAACCAGGCCCGGCCUCGAUCUCGUACGAACCUCAGCAGGUAAUAAAGAAGCGACCGUUGACCAUCACGUGCUUCGUCCUGGACCCAGGACGCCCAAAGGUAGUUGGCUUCAAAUGGUUACGAGGCCUUCACAGACUUCCGGAUGAAAACGACGCCACCCUUACCAUCGAAUCGGUUAAUUUGGAAACUGAAGCGAACUUUACUUGUCUCGCUUACAAUGAAGCCGGCGACGGGGAUCCGGCCACCACGUUUAUCGACGUGUCUGCGGCGCCAGCCUUUAUCAAGAAACUGCUUCCUUAUCACGGGUACGUGUACAAUUCCCCGAACGUUAGCAUCAUGUGCUGGGUCGAGUGCGCGCCAAUUUGCAAUAUUUCCUGGCUGAAGGACGGCAUACCCAUGGAUUUCUCUAAAACGAAUCGAUACUAUCUGUCGAACGUUCAUCAUCCGCCCGAUCCACAAACGAACGACUUUGAGAGUAUCCAGUCGACCCUGGUGUGGAACUUGACCGCCUGGUCGGGCGGACAGCUCGACAGGGUCGAAGACAACGUCAAAUUCACUUGCGAGAGCACCAGCAACGGCAUCGGUCCUGGAGUCAAAAGCAGCACUCAUUUUCACGUGGAAUUUCCCCCGGAGAAUAUGACGAUCUCGAGGAAAAUAAUAAACGUCAUCGUCGACACGAUACCGGAAACGGUGAACUGCAACGCGAAGGCGCAUCCGGAGCCGACGUUCCGCUGGUUUCGGGAGGGCUCCACGGAUACCAUCGUCGAAGGUCGUGUUCUCGAUUUGAAGGUGCCCGUGCCGCGAAGGAGCAGCGGAACUUACUACUGCGAGGCCCUGAAUCGCCACGGAAGCAGAAACAUCUCCAUGGUCAUGAAUGUUCAAUUUAAGCCCGAAUGUCACGUGGAAAAGGAACGAAUAGACGGCGAGGAUUACGUGGUGUGCUCUGCGAUAGCUAAUCCAAAGGAGACCGAUUUCGUUUGGGCAUUGAAGAAUGACAACGACACGUUGGAACAGAUCGCCGAGAUGCGAAAUGGGAAAAGCUACAUUCGACUCGAUACAUCGGUGACAAAUUUCCGGACAUACGUUUGUAUCGCGAACAAUUCUAUUGGCCAGUCCACCCCAUGCGAACGGGACGUUCCAGCUCACCAUGGACACAGAAGUCAUAUACCGUGGUGGCACCAAUUGGAAGGGAAUCUCCUUUUGAUCGUCAUCGUGGCUGCGGUCGUCCUCAUACUUGUGAUAAUAAUCAUCUGCGUGGCGAUCUUCAUCGUCUGCCGACGCAAACGUAGCCAAAUGAAAUACAGUAAUCGGGUGGUCGAGCUGGAGGAACGCGAACAUCCCGACGGUGGGCCACCGAGUCCUACGGUGUCCUCGCACUCGACCCAGGCACCUGUGCAUCCGACACCGGCGCCAAGGUGGCCGUUGAAGCCUGGCGUGCUGGUGCACAUCAAUCGGAGCCACAGUCUGCGAUCGGGUCUCAGCGUUCGUGCCAGCGAGACCCUGCGAAACGAACUGAUCGCCAGACGACGCGACGAGCCGAUGGCCGAUCGAUUCCUAAUGGAAACGACGAUCGUCAAAGUGCCAGCCAAAGUGUUCCGCAGGAGGAAGGAGAACGCGCGGAGGAGUCUGACCGUCUCUAGUCUGCAUGACGACGGUAUGAUUGCCAGGGCUAAUAAGAUUAAAGCCAUGUUUGGAGUACAGCUUAAAGAGCAGGCCACUUUGCCAGGCAUUUCCAGAGAGAAGACAGCUGUGACUUACAAAAGAAUAGCGCCACGGCAGCGGAUAUUGCAUGCGGAAUCAUCGUGCGAAUUGAAUCGUGGCAACGUUUCCCGUAAGCGGAAAAAACCUGGCGCAGAUCCCAAUCAAGCUGCGAAUAACAAUCACGUGAACAGCGUGUCGGAGGGUCUUCCCGAGCCCGGGGCAAAGACGUUUUACGAAAACCUGCCUUUCCACGGGAUCCAAACGCCGCCUAACAAGUUGGUUUCCCGUAUGUUUACCCGAGUUUCGGCUUUGCAUGGCACGUUGCAUCAUUCCGCUCCGACUUCGCCGUGUUCAUCACGUCCGCUGAGCAGAACGGCAUCGCUCUGCGACGGUAGCUCCGGUUACGAAUCGACCAGGAGUCACCUAGGGCCUCACUAUAGCGAUUACAACAUGCCUAGGAAUAACUCACCUGUGCCUAGAUACAAUAGCUUGAAGCCACGUCAAAGGAAGCACAAACGCUCGCAGUUCUACUCGCUAAGGCUCUGUAGCAGGCACGAGAACGCUCACAGGAAGUAUCAGCUUUACACUAUACCGAUAUACAGGUGUCCUCACAAAAACGGCAGCACGAGCACGUUAAACACUAUCGUCAGGUCGAACACGCCGUCUCUGACGACGCACGAGUCGACCGAACGCGAGUCGAAUCGCUCGAUUUCAGCUGCAUCGACGACCACUCCACCGGUCCCAGCGCCACGGAAAUGCAAGAAAACGGAUCCCUCGAAACACACUUAUCAGAACGUCCCUCCUCCCGUUUUUCCACCGAAAAACGCUUCGCUGCCUAAGACUAAGACCGACAGCCUAUACAACUACAAAGAACACUAUCAGCAGCAGCACCGGCAGGAAAUGCAGCAGUACAGCUACCCGUUACCGAGCAACAGUUCGAGCCAACUAACACUGCCACUAACGCGCAGCCUCUACCAUUCCUCGAUAGUUAGCCCCUUGCAGACCUCCUUCGUUCACGCUAACAAUCGUUCGUCCACCCUGACGCAUCACGAGACCGUCAAUCACCUGUCCGCGGUGCAUCCGGACGAGGAGCAACAGAACUACACGAACCACGACGCGAGGCAACAGCGUCGCCACGCGAAUCGUGGGAACGAACGUGGCCAAAAAUACAGGAAGCACAAACGCGGCGAUCGCAAGCAGAAACAAAGGCGGGCGGACGCGAGGAGAUCGGAGGCGUACACCGCGCCCGCCUGCGAGACCAGCUUCCACCAGGUGCAGGAGCUCGGUAUACCCGAGACGUACAAAAUCUCUUAUCCCCAUUACUACGAGGACGACAUCGCGGAGUGUCCUACCGACUAUCACAGAUCGAAUCCGAAUUCACGGCCGCAGAUCUGGGAGCGACAGACGUACCGUUGCCCAGCUGAGAGCACGCAUUACGCGGACCCUGGGGACGCGAAGAACCGCAACAAGCCGAAGAGAGUGUUGACGAAUCUCGGUGACGGACGUUCGCCGUCCGCGCCGACGAUAAUGCAGUACGCCGAGCUCCACUUUCGGGACGUCGGUCAGGAGAUCGAUGUCUAAAAAGCCCUUCAAGCCGGAAUUUUCGGAUCUCGACUACGCCGACGUGGACUACCGAUCAUACGGGCCGAUCAACUACAAAGCUGCCAGCAUCGCGCUCCUUCAGAAACAGCAGGCUCAGAAGCUGCAGCAGCAGCAGCUUC